CUCCGACACCGCCAGAACCUAAGCCAUCCCGAAGCCAUGAGCCUCAUCAAGAAGGUCGCGGGUCUGUACCAGAAGUCCGUCAGCAAGUCGUUCGGCAUGUACGGCCUCAAGUACGACGACGCCCUCGUGGACACGGCCGCCGUGCAGACGGCGCUGCACUGGGUCAACGGCGAGGACUACCAGGCCCGCACCAAGCGCAUCGCCCGCGCCGCCGACUGCUCGCUCAAGCGCAGCUACCUGCCCGACGAGAUCCAGGCCAUCCAGCGCCCGCUCGAGUUCUACGUCAGCGACAAGGUCGUGGAGGCCGAGAAGCUGGCCGAUGAGCGCGCCGAGCUCACCCGGUGGUAAACAGCCCGCGCGAAUCCCUAUAGCGACAGACUCAGGAAGCAGCUUCUUGACGCGGGGUCCGAGCCGUCUGCAGAUAGAAGUCAGGCGGGGAAGCCACGCACAGGGAUAACAGGUUGCCACCGUCGCGUCGCGUUGCGUCGUCCUCUUACAGAGAUGAUGGAGGGAGGAGGGGGUUGAGAGGGAGGGGGAUUCUCUUCGUCUUGCCACAGGCAAAGCAGAAAAGGAAGAUUGGAAAAACAACAGAAAAAUGGGAAGCUUUUAAAUG